UUUGUGUCUGUGCGCUCUAGUGAAAACCGUAUAUCGUAUUUGUAGGAACCAAUUGGAUGUUACUAUUCAGGUAAUCCCUCCUCCCUGAAACCGAAAGAAGAAGCGCUCUCCGGUUGGCCGGGAAGGCUGGCGGUAUUUCCUACCCUGGGUUAUCUGUAAAACGUGCUGCUACUCUGUGUGAAGAGCUAACGUUAGCUAGGUCAAUACGGGAAAGGGUGGACCGUGGAAAAGAAUCACGCUUUCUUACUCGUGUUUGCAGCUGACGUCUGACUGAGGCCAACCGGGAAACGGUGUUCAUUCACUCGCUGAAUUGAGGCGGCUAGCGUUAGCAUAACUAUCUGCAUCAAAUUUUAAGAUGUCCUACUCGUCGUCACGAAGCUCCUCGCGUAACACUGACUGCAAGGUGUAUGUGGGUGACCUAGGCAACGGUGCUGCCAAGGGGGAGUUGGAGCGGGCAUUCAGCUACUAUGGACCUCUGCGCAGCGUCUGGGUGGCCAGGAACCCACCUGGCUUUGCCUUUGUUGAGUACGAAGAUCCCAGAGAUGCUGAGGAUGCGACGAAGGGCAUGGACGGCAAAGUGCUCUGUGGUGCCCGCAUAAGAGUGGAGCUGUCAACAGGCAUGUCUCGCAAGUCACGCCACGACCGCCCCAGCCGCCGGCACUUCGACCCCAACGACCGCUGCUACCAAUGUGGCGAGAACGGCCAUUAUGCAUAUGAUUGCUAUCGCUUUAGCAAGAGGGGGGGCGGCCGCCGCAGCAGGUCCCGCUCACGGUCAAGGUCCAGGGGAAGGCGUUACCGCUCACGCAGCCGAAGCAACGGCCGCGACCGGCGUUAUAGAUCCCCAUCAUACUCAAAGCGCAGAAGCAGUAGAUCUGGAUCCCCAGCACGAUCCAAGUCCAGAAGUCCAGUGCGCAGGUCAUCCAGAAGUCCUGUGCGCAGAUCCAGGACCCCAGUUCGUCGGUCCAGGACUCCAGUGCGCAGAGCAGCCAGUCGCUCCCGAUCUCGCUCCCGUUCCCGGUCGGUGUCCCGCCCCAGGGCGCGCAGCGUCUCCAGAUCUCGCUCCCGGUCCAAGUCCCGCUCCGCCACCGCCAAGAGGGACAGCCGAUCCAGGUCUCCGAGCCAGAGGAAAAGCCCUACACCUGAUGCCGACUGACCAUGGGGGUGAGACCGCUCCCAGCCCUCUUCUGUUCCGCUGUCCCUAUUUGCCUCGGGGCUUGAAGCCAUUUUACACCUUUGUCAAUGUAUUUGAUAUCUUUCUCCUCCUGUCAUUUUUUAAAAAUGUAUCCCUUGGUUUUCAUCCUCUGGCUUUGGCAUUAUUAUUUAAUCUGUAUGUACAACGGAUUCCCAAACUGUCCUUUUCCCAUCAUGUACAUUUCAAUGGCUCCUUUUACAGCAUUGAGGAUAAUUUUUUUUUGCAUUCUGUGCGUUUUAAUCCAGUUUGUCAGUGGCCAUUUUUUUGUUUUUUUCUGAAUGAUUUGGGGUUUUAUUUCAAUGUAAAUGGCGGUAUCUUUUUAAUAAAAUGUAAUCUUUACACUAA